GCUGCGCAUGCGCGGUGCGCGGGCCGUUUCCAUGGUAGCGGAGCCAACAGGGAGGUGCCGCCAUGAGCCCGCCCGAGGUGGAGCCGCUCGUGUGCCACAAAUAUGAGAUCAAGAGGCGCUUGGGCAAGGGGGCCUAUGGCAUCGUCUGGAAAGCAAUUGACCGCAAGACAGGAGAAACAGUUGCUAUUAAAAAGAUUUUUGAUGCUUUCAGGAACAGAACGGAUGCUCAGAGAACAUUCCGAGAGAUUAUGUUCCUGCAGGAAUUUGGAGAACAUCCAAAUAUCAUCAAACUGCUCGAUGUUAUCCAAGCUGAGAAUGACAAGGACAUCUACCUCAUCUUCGAGUCCAUGGAGACAGAUUUACAUGCUGUAAUUAAGAAGGGGAAUUUGCUGAAAGACAUCCACAAGUGUUACAUUCUCUACCAACUCCUGAAGGCAACUAAAUUCAUCCACUCAGGGAAUGUUAUUCACAGGGAUCAGAAGCCUUCCAAUAUCCUGCUGGAUGCACAGUGCUGUGUGAAGCUCUGUGACUUUGGACUGGCCCGCUCCCUGCGGCAGCUGARUGAGGAGCAGGCAGCCCCUGUGCUGACCGAGUACGUGGCCACACGCUGGUACCGGGCUCCGGAGAUCUUACUGGCCUCUCGCAGUUACACUAAGGGUGUAGACAUGUGGAGCAUUGGCUGUAUUCUAGGAGAGAUGCUGCUUGGAAAACCCCUUUUUCCUGGAACAUCAACAAUGAAUCAAAUAGAKCAGAUCCUGAGGGUUAUCCCUGCUCCGUCCCCAGAAGAUAUUCUGGCUCUGCGGUCGGAGUACAAGGCCUCAGUUAUUAACCACAUGAGUUCCCGGCAGCGAGUAGCAUUUGAGGAGAUUUUCCCACCCUCUACUCCACUGCCUGCCUUGGAUCUGCUGAAGAAACUUCUUGUAUUUAACCCUGACAAACGGCUCACAGCAGAGGAGGCUCUGAAGCAUCCUUAUGUGAACAGAUUCCACUGUCCUGCCAGGGAGCCCUCUUUGGAUUUUGAUGUCAUCCUUCCAUUGGGUGAUGAUGUCCAGCUGUCUGUGGCAGAAUAUCGAAAUAAAUUAUAUGAGAUGAUCCAUGAAAAGAAGUCAAAGAGCCUUCCAAAGGAGCAAGGGCAGAGAGAAAACAUUCAGCUGAGCCAGUCUGAAUCCAGCACACUUCUACCAAGUUUCAGUUCAGUGACUGUACCUGCCAGGAAAGGCCAGCAAGAACCAACACCCCCUCUUCUAAACCCUUCACAUGUGCACACUGGAGGCACAGCUGGGGUCCAGCCAACUGAAUUCAGCCAGAGCAAGGAUUUGGCCAGAACUGUGUGUCAGAAAUCACAGAAUAGUGUGAUGGUGUACAACCCCAUCACACACACCACUGUGCAGAGAAAUGCAAAUCCUGGCACUGGGAUCAGGAACUGUUCUGCACCACCUCAACAGUCCAGAAUCUCCAACAAUGGGAAACUAGGGAGACAAAUCACAUGGCCAAAUGCUCAGCUCUCUCCUACAAGUGUGCAAAACCUCUACAAUAAUCCCAGAAACCCUCAGUGUCACAACAAAGAUGUUCAUCCCCUUCUGAAGCCCAGUAAAAAGAUGUUCCAGAUCACCGCAAAUGUGGGAGCUGCGGGUGAUCCGAGGGCAUCGAUGGGCAGCUACUCCCAGGCCUAUGGAACCAUCAGUAAAUCUGCACUGCAGAGUCUUCCGAUAGCAAAGGCCUCCACAAACCCUAAGCAGUGAAUGUGGAGGUGUUCCAGACAGGUGAAGUACAGUUCAUCCCUCAGCCCCUGACUAAGCAAGGGCAGCAGGGGAGAACAAAACAUGAGGAAAUGCUUUAUUCGCUGCAUAGGACAAUGUCCUCCUUUCCUCUGGACAAGCCAACAGGAAAGGGAAUCCAAUCCCUCUGCCUUUCARUCUCAGCAGGCAAGAACACAGCAUGUUUGCUCUCACACCAUGAGAACAGUGAAUGCUGCCAAUUCAUAUUCCCUGUUUAAAUUACUGCAAAAAUUCACAGAAAACUGCAAUGUUCUCAUACUUGAGUGGUUUUUAGACAUAUUCAGGGUCCAGGGGAACCUCCUGAAGUUCAACAUGGGCAAGUGCAAGGCCAAGAAAAUGCUCUGAGGGCUUGAGCCCCUCUGCUCCGGAGACAGGCUGGGAGAGUUGGAAGUAUCCAGCCUGGAGGAAAGAAGGCUCCGGGAAGACCUUAGGACCCCUUCCAGUGUCUAAAGGGCUCUAGGAGUUGCUAGAGAGGCACUUUGGACAAGGGCCUGGAGCAACAAAACAAGUGGGAAGGGCUUCCCACUGCCAGAGGGCCGGGUGAGAUGGGAUCUUGGGAAGAAAUCCUUCCCUGUGAGGGCUGUGAGGCCCUGGCACAGGGUGCCCAGAGAAGCUGUUGCUGCCCCAUCCCUKGCAGUGUUCAAGGCCAGGUUGGAUGAGGUUUGGAGCAACCUGGUCUAGUGAAAGGUGUCCCUGCCCAUGGUAGGCAGGGGUUGGGAUUGGGUGACCUUUAAAAGGUCCCUUCUGACCCAUUCUAGGAUUUUUCAGCAGUAUGCCUAAAUGGCAGGUAUUUUUUUGAGCAGAAUAGGUAACAGCCCUUUACUCAUUUCUAUGACUCUUCUGGGGUAGAUGAAGAGACCAUUGUGGUCUGGUUUUGUCAAAAUUAAGUAGAAAAGGAUUUGAAAUACAUGUAGGUUCUUCUACAAUUUUUAGCAGCUUCGCUAUUGUGUAAUAUUGUAAAUAUUGUAAUAAAAAAUACUUUAUAUUGCACUGCAGCAAAUCUUUGUCCUUCAAGUAGCAUUUGCUGUGUUGAGAGGGAAACUACCUAUUGGUAGGGCUGUCUUCUUCAAUGAAUAAUUGGUCAUUUUUAUUGUUUUUGCUUUCAAAAAGCAAAGUUUCAUGAGAUACUAUUGAUGAAACAGUGAAUGUGUUGCCAGUCUCCAGUGGGACUACAGGAAACUUUAUAUUCCUGUUUCAAUGAUGAUACUGGAUACAUUUUCCUCAAUAACUUGAAGUUCUUAUCUCUGUCCCUGAAGUUUUACUCUACCUGUCAUAAAUGAUUGUUAUUCCCCACCCCCAGCUCUCUCAGCUGCUCCUGCUGCUCCACACCUGCUACUUCAUGAACUGGAGUUACACUGUCAAGGAAGU